AAGUAAAGAUGUUCUCCUUUUGUUUAUAUGGAACAUUACUACUUCUAUGUGUACAGAGUGUUGCAUCAUAUCGAAAAGGAAAUUCGGACUGUCUUCUAGAUUACGACGAGGGCAUAUGCAGAGCUCUAUUGAAACGUUUCUACUACGACAGUGUAAAUCAAACUUGUGAAAUAUUUUAUUACGGUGGAUGUCUUGGAAAUGGAAACAACUUUAUAAGCAAGGACGAAUGCGAGCGGAAGUGUGGGGGGCGGACUAACAGGACAGAAAAGUCAUCCGAAACAACUAAACAAAUGGAAACCACAUCAACAUCGAUCGAUCAAUCAGGUACAUUAUUUGAUCUUGGUAAAGUAUUUCAUGUUGGAGUGUUGUUUCAAACCAAUAAUGUGUAAUUUUCAAGUUUAUCAAAAUCCAUCUAAUUGCAAGUUUAUUUUUUAUUUUUGAAAUAUGUUGAUCCAACUGCACAACUUAUACUGUUUCCUGCCAUAUAAGUCAUAACACAAUAUAGGGAUAAAUUGGUCAAUAAUAUUGUUGGAUGCCGAAUUGAAAUGUUAUUGGCUUCCAACAAUUUACAUGUCGAUACAAGUCAACAGUCUAUAUGAAUAUCAUUGUUGAAUAUCUGUCAGUAUGAUCGUCAAGUUUCACCUGUUAUGGUUGAAUAGUUGACACUUCGAUAUGUCCUAUGCUCAAUCACAAAUACUGAGGGGUUCAAUUUGUGUUGAGAAUGGUUUAAGAGAGAUGUUUAGUUAGUUAUUGUAAGAUGGCUGACCAUUGUCAUCUGUGGAUACACUUUCAGCACUUAUGAUACACCAAAAAGCACCUCAUAACUAACACUCUAUAUCAUGUGGUUAACCUCUGGAUCAUGAUUUUUGCUAUUCCCGUUUACCUUGGUGCAAAAUGUUUCCCUUGAUCAAUAUAACGUUUACUAUACAAACUACUGUGAUGUAGCUUGACAAAAAGACUCAUAAAAUUAAGUAGUUCAAAAAUAGUUAUUGUUCUCAGACGUAAUACUGUGUAAUGUUUGCAAACAACCUAUUUACCACAAACAAUAGUCAUAUAUCUUACUGAAUAAAAAGAACCAUACCUCAAUGAUAAACAUGAAAGUGUGUUUCAUUUUCACAAAUGUUAAGUUGUACAGUAGGUUUGUGUGAACUUACAAUUUAUAAUCUAGUUACUAUCAAUAUACUUAAUUCUCAUCGUUGAAAGCGUGAGUCAAUUGAAGACAAUUGGUGAACGGUUGCUGGACUUCGUGGAUUGGUUGAAGUUAGACAUAAACACCAUCAGAUGCCGACUCAGUAGUCUAUCGGUUAAGUGCUCUGACGCGAGACUGGUAGAUCUUCGGUUCGAAUCUCUCGAGGCGAGGUUGUGGAUGCGCACUGCUCAGGAGUCCCACAAUAGGACGAAACGGCCGUUCAAUUCUUCCAGGUUUUCCUUGAUGGUCCAGCUUGCAAUUGACUGACGCUUUUAGCUAUGAAAAUACUAAAUCUCCACAAAAACUCCGUCUGAUUAUAAUACUUAGUUCUGUCAUUGUUUUUCGACAAAUUACAGAUAAUACUGAAACAACAAUCACUACUCAGAAACCACUCAGCGUUGGUGCUAAAAUAGUCUUAGGUAUUCUGGAUAUCAAAAACAAAGUUUCCAAUUUAUUCAAGAAAAUCAAAGGUGAAAAAUAACUUAGACAUCUUUUUACAUUCAUAAAUGUUCUCAAUGAUAACACCUCACAUUCUCCUUUAACAUUUUCAUAAACUAUUCCAAGAAUAUUAGAUGAAUUAUGAUUCGAUAUACAAGAUAUUAACGAAAGGAAUUGUUGCAGUUUUCAUAAUGAACAAUGUACAAUGUCGAAUAAUCUCCACGAAUUCAUUUCUCCGUUGAUUAUUUGUAGACUUACUUACUUACUUAUUUACUUAUUUACGCCUGUUUCCUCUCAUUGAGGAGUAUAGGCAACCGACCAGUAUUCUCCAUUCAACCCUGUCCUGAGUAAUACUUUCAAGAUCUUUCCAGUUGUUAUUCAUCCUUUUCAUAUCUGCUUCAAUCUCCCGGCGCAAUGUGUUCUUUGGCCUUCUUCUUUUCACCUUCCCUUUAACAGUCCAAAUUAGGGAUUGCUUAGUGAUGUAAAAUAUUUGUAGAAGUCUUGAUUAUUUAUUAUUUCGGCAAAAAUUUGUCUUCGGACCAUUCAUAUGUAUUCAGAUAUGACAUAAUCAAUAGUUUAAAUAUUUUUAUAGAAUAUUCAAAAAAUAAAGAAUCAUCGAGC